AAGUUUGUGUGAUUGAGCUGUGUACUUUAAAUGAUCAAAGUCAUCAAAGUGAACGCAAGAACUAUCUAUCCCUUUUGAAAUUGAGAACUAAUUUUUUUUAAUCCUGUCCAGGCGUCGAAAGUUCUGUGAACACAAACCAUCAGCUAGCCAAUAUUAUUUUAAAUUUAGUCCCUGGUUUUCCUUAACAUCAAAGAUGUGAGCAAUUUCAAUGCUAUAUAAGCUGGCUGGAUAUUUAUCAAAAUGUGUACAAUCAGUGGGUGCCUUUUGCCGGAAAUAUGAACGCAAAACACAGUUUGAUGCUCAUGUUGGUAUUUGCACUUCUUGAGAUACAAGCUAUCUCAGGGCAUAAGAACAAAAACGGGAACAGACACAGGGGGCCACCGAUAUAUAAUCCUGCGGUGAGAAGCAUGCUGCGCUGCGACCAGGGAAGUGGAGGGAAAUGCACGUACCUGCGAACCUAUCAGAUCUGCAAUGGCAUCAGCGACUGCCACGAUGGGUCGGACGAGUUCAAUUGCCCCACAAGGCCACCUGUGACAUGUCCUACAUGCCCGACAACAACGCCUUGCCCUACAACAACCCCUACGACCACCCCUACAACAACCCCUACGACCACCCCAACAACAACCCCUACGACAAUCCCUACGACAACCCGUUAGACAACCCCUACGACAACCAGUGCAACAACGUUGGCCACGAAUGGCUAAAUGGCAACUUGUUCUCCCUAGAACAACUACGCAAACCAAUCAAGUGACAACUACUAUUGAUACUCCUAAAACAACAACUUCCAGACUAAAAUUCACCUGCUUCAGACACAGGAAAAUUACACAUGAAUUAAACUUUCAUAUGAACAUCUAAUAUUUUUUUCUACCUAUGCGAGAUUGUGAUUUAUUUUCAAGUUAUUGAAAUAAGCAGACGAAACAAAACACGUAUUUGAUGCGUUUGUAAGCAACAUGGUGAAAUCAUUGUGUUGACAUUAUAAAUUUGAAGAAAGCAGUUUUCAUUAUUCGGAUUUGCCGGCUUUAAUACAAAAAUGCCUGAAAAAUUUGCAUUCAGGUAAUAGUUGAACCAAGUCAAAGCAAAAUUUAUCGCAAGUGACUUUGCCAGUAUUAUUUACAGCAUUUCAAUGCUUUUCUGACUACAAAAAAACACAACAAAAUUAAGUUCUUUUAAUUUGGUAUGUCAUGAAAACAAAAUUAAAAGUUAGUAUCGGCAAAUCCUUUUUAAAACUGCUUUCCAUUUAUGACGGUACGCGAUUUUUGUUUGUAUUGCUUUUGUGUAACGAUGUGAUGAGCUGUAUUUUGUUCAUCGUUUUUGUAAAGCUAGUAAAAUUGACACGUUUAAAUGUCUUAAAAAUGACUUCAAAUACUUUUUUAACUUGAAAACAAUAAAAUUGAAACA